CAAAACUGAAAUACUAGCAUUUUUUUUUAUUGCUUCUCUAAAGUGUCUUUGAAAGAGACACCUAGAGCCACAUGCUUAGAGAGGAUUUAAAAGUUUAAUGUGGUGGAAGUAAGCAUUAUUUAUCUCAUCUGGCUGCUGAGACAGGAGCAGUGAACAUGGUGGGCAUGGCCAUUGGAGAAGAGAGCUUCAAAAUGAAUAACCCUUCAGUCUGUUCACCCAAUGCAUCUGUCUGCAAAGGUGCAUCAUGUGUGGUCGCUGAGGAAAAUGUCAAUGCCAUUCUCAGCACAGUCAUGAGUACUGUACUGACCACCCUGCUGGCCUUGGUCAUGUUCUCUAUGGGAUGUAACGUGGAGAUCAAGAAAUUCCUAGGGCACAUAAAGCAGCCAUGGGGCAUCAUUAUUGGCUUCCUCUGUCAGUUUGGAAUCAUGCCCCUCAUGGGCUUCAUCCUAUCACUGGUCUUUGGCAUCCUCCCCAUCCAGUCUGUGGUGGUGAUCCUCAUGGGCUGCUGCCCCGGAGGAACAGCCUCCAAUGUCCUGGCCUAUUGGGUGGAUGGCGACAUGGACCUAAGCAUCAGCAUGACCACGUGUUCUACCUUGCUUGCCCUGGGAAUGAUGCCGCUCUGCCUGCUUAUCUAUACCAAAAUGUGGGUCGACAUGGGAAGCAUCGUUAUUCCCUUUGAUAGCAUCGGUAUUUCUUUGGUUGCUCUUGUUAUUCCUGUUUCCUUUGGAAUGUAUGUUAAUAACAAAUGGCCACGGACAGCAAAGAUUAUACUUAAGAUCGGAUCCAUCACAGGUGCAGUUCUCAUCAUACUCAUUGCUGUUGUUGGAGGAAUAUUGUACCAAAGCGCCUGGAUCAUCGAACCCAAACUGUGGGUGAUAGGCACACUAUAUCCUAUAGCUGGUUACAUCCUAGGAUUUUUUCUGGCUAGAAUAGCUGGACAGCCCUGGUACAGGUGCCGAACGGUGGCUCUGGAAACAGGGAUGCAGAACAGCCAGCUGUGUUCUACCAUUGUGCAGCUCUCCUUCACCCCCGAGGAGCUCAACCUGGUGUUCACCUUCCCGCUCAUCUACAGCAUCUUCCAGAUCGCAUUUGCAAUAAUACUGUUAGGAGUUUAUUUUGCAUACAGGAAAUCUCAGAGGAAAAAUGAUGUGGAAUUUCCAGAGAAUAAAGACAACGAAACACAGUCUGAGUCAUCCUCUCCUAAGAUAAAUGGUGGAUUUCAACCAGACUCAUAAAAAGUACUCACAAAGUAGGCAAAAAGGAAAACGCUAAAGAACAUUCUUAAACUAUAAGUACAUUAAUUAUUUGUUCUGGUGGGAUAGCUGACAGGAAGAAGUUCAAGUGUAGAUUUGAAUUGAACAUCUGUAUAUUGGUUCUGGUACAAAGGGACAUGUGGUCCAAUUUCUUAG